GACCUUAUCUUGACUCCAGCGUGAUACCCUCUCUUCGUUUCACAACAGUCCUUACAAGUCCUACCAUGAAUUCGUGACCCCACACUCUUCAGGCACGUUGCCAAUCCCAUCCUUACCUCCCUUCGUCUCCACCCAUAGACCUCCACUCCCAAACCUUAAGAUCUUAUUGCACCCCAAGUCGUCAAAUUGGCUGGGUACAUCAAAUCCCUCGCCCAACACGCCAAGAACGUACCCAAAUACAUUCCUGACGGUCUGCUCAGGACCACUGGCGCUUUCGACUGGAUCAACAGUAAGGGCGUGGCCGGUCGGCUGGACCGAGCCGGUAACAUGGAUUCCACGCCCGAGAAUACGUCUGCGAACAAGAAUGAGAAAGUAGAGAAGUCCUACCUGACUGCAGCGGUGGAAUCCAUUUCGCCAUGGGGAGGUUCCCGGUCUUCGACGCCGAAACCAGCGAGUUCAGCUGCUCCGGGAGAGAGGUCUGGCUUGAAGAAUCAGCAUGGAGGGGAUCAUAGCACGCCGAGGUGGCAUGGAUUGAGUUCGAAGAGAUACCCACCCGAUUGUCCGCCGUUGAAUGCUAGGUGGUUUUAUGCUGUGGAUAUACCCAAAAGGAAACCGAAGCUCCUCAAGAACCACCAAGAAGAUACCAAGCCUGCCCCUCCGCCGAAGAAGUUUGUAACCUUCUCCGACCAUGACUCCCGUGCUGUGGAAACUGCAUACCAGAAGCUCGCAGACGAAUAUGAUGAUCCAAGCAAGGACCUAGGACGGAAGGAUGACGGUGACAUUGGCAGUGGAGCCCAAUCUGCGUCGAGUGCUGGCAAGAAGCCGAACACCAGCAUGAACGAAGCAGGACUAGAUGAGCAAGCUGGAGGAAAGGUCCGAGUGCCGGUCCAUGAGGACUUUCUGUUCGAUGUCGAUAUUGAGGAGCGAGAGCUUUGUCCAGUCUAUUGGUUAGGUCCUAUCUACGAAGUGCGUCGAGGAUCCUGGUUCUUUCAAGAAGGGUCGUCUUUACGACCUUGUGAUGAGAACCUGGCUGCACAAUUGGAGGAAGGAUAUCUGAAAAUCAAGCCAUUUAGAUACCCUAAGCCUCCGGAAAAGACAACCUCGAGGCCAACAUCAAUGAAACCAGGGGAGGCGCCCAGCUCUCUGGCUUUGUCUGGAGCUUUUGGUCGUCAACGUGCUGGAUCUGGAGAAUUGACACCAAAAGCGUCUGUUGAGAACUUAAGAGCUGCCAGUCAGCAGUCUAGUGAGGACUUCAAAGAUGGUCCAGUCCCCAGCCCUCAUCAGCCGCAAACUUAUCGUCUGUUUGGCACAUACAUGAAUUCUGUUGUGACAUAUCAAGAUGCUACUAUAGCCUGGCUCUCUGCUGACAGUAUCAUGUCACGAGUCAGUAGUACUGUAUACCAGAAAUUUGCAGGCGGUGGCUAUCUAGGAGGGGUGAAGCUUGUUAGAGGAUAUUCAGAUUCGAGUAGCAAGCCCAAGGAUGCACCUGCAGACAAGCCGCCAUCGACUCCUACGAGUGCUGCAAUCAAAGGCUCAGACGUUCCUGCUCUACAGCUCGACGAAAGGCAGCAGAAGCUUCUGAAGAGAAGAUCAGCCCCACCAAGCACAAGCAGGCCCGAAGUUGAUGCUCUUCAAAGAUCAGCAAGACAAUUGACUGGAGAAAUAGAUGAAGAGAUGGAAGCGGAAGCUGUAAGGAAACGAGAUGAAAAAGAGAUUCAGAACGAUUACAAUGACCGUGAUGGCGAGGAUCAAGGACGAGAAAUCGAGCAUUUGAUUCUUGUCACUCAUGGUAUUGGACAACGUUUGGGCAUGAGAACCGAAUCCGUCAAUUUCAUACAUGAUGUAAAUGUGCUUCGAAAGACACUGAAAAGCGUGUAUGGAAGCAGUGCAGAUCUUCAAGCCUUGAACUCGGAGAUCGACAAGUUACCCAAGAAUUGUCGCGUACAAGUCUUGCCCGUUUGCUGGAGACAUCUACUUGAUUUUCCGAAGAAGAGUGUCCGACAAAGCCGAAGAGAGCAUGAUAUAGGCGAUGCUUUUGGUGAUGAAGAAGAGUAUCCAAGUUUGGAGGAUAUCACUGUUGAGGGAGUACCGUUUGUACGCUCUCUCAUCACUGAUCUAGCUUUAGACAUUCUUCUAUACCAAAGUGCAUACCGCGAACACAUCAGCACUAUUGUUCUCGAAGAAGCUAAUCGUAUCUUCAAUCUCUUCUGCGAGCGAAAUCCAGAUUUCAAGGGCAAAGUCAGCAUGGUUGGCCACUCUCUUGGAUCUGCAAUUCUGUUCGACAUUCUUUGCCGACAAAAAGAGAAGCCUAAGAUACAUGCUUCACCUGCCCAUCAAAAAUACUACAAACAGCGACAACCGACACCAAGCAAGCAUCAAGUCAAAAGCCUCGAAUUUGAUUUUGAGGUAGAGGACUUUUACUGCCUCGGAUCUCCAAUUGGUCUCUUCCAGAUGCUCAAGGGAAGAAACAUUCUCGCACGCCAUUACAGAGAAGAUGCCCUCCCAGCCGAAUCCCCCAUGGACCCAGACUACAUGCAAGAUCCCUUCCUCGCUGCCUCCUCCUCAAGCUUUGCCUCAGGUGACCACAUUUCAAGCAUCACCGGCCUCCCUCUAACCAUCUCAUCACCUAAAACCGCCCAGCUCUACAACAUAUUCCACCCUUCAGACCCUAUUGCCUACCGUCUCGAACCCCUCAUCUCCCCCGCAAUGUCAACAAUGAAACCCCAAGCCCUCCCCUAUACUAAGAAGACCAUUUCCGCCAGCGUCUCCGGCAUAGGCGCCACCAUCGGCCAAAGCGUCAGUGGCCUCUGGUCCAGUCUGAGCUCCGGAAUAGCAAGCAGUAUCCUAAACCGCAGUCUCGGCCUAACCAGCGACGACGUAGCACGCAUGGAAUCCGCCCCGACCCCCAACCGCCAAUCUUCCCUCUCCGUAGGCGCAGGAACCAACAUAAGUGGUGGUGUCAUCCCGCACGACCCCUCGAUACCCGCCUUGCAACGUGAAAACACCAACGAGAAAAAGAACAAGUUAGCAGAGAAUACCGCGGCUGCUGAUCGUGACGGCAAGAGCAGCGCACCGACACUAAUCGACGACGAGAUCGAGACCCUGUACGCUGGGUUCCAGAAACGGAGGAACAGCGAUGCAGGCGAAGAGAAGGAAUUAGAGUGGGGAGAAGCGGAAGAAAGGGGCAAGAAAUUAAGAAGAGAGGAGGCGAAGGUUAGAGCGCUGAAUGGGAAUGGGAGGGUGGAUUAUGCUAUUCAGGAAUCUGUGUUGGAUUUCAAUCCUAUCAACACAAUUGCAUCCCACCUCUCCUACUGGGCCGACGAAGACGUCUCCCACUUCAUCAUGUCACAGCUCCUAUCCCGCCACCGGGUAACGACCCGCGCACACUCAAAAUCAGAUAGUGGUCCUAUUCCGAAUCUCAGAUCUAAUGGAGGUCCUAAACCGAAACUUAAUUCUUCGUAUACACCACGAUAGGAGCAGAAUAGAUUUGUGAUUGGCGUUUUCUUGCUUUGGGAUCGAGGGCACUUGCAUGGAUGGGUGCGUGGUAUGGAGUUUAUUAGUGAGGAUUGGAAUGAGAUCAAGCGGACGAGCUUUUGUAAAUGUGUUAGAUGAUACUGUAGAUGAGAAUAGACACCACUCGUGAAGUGUGUCAAUACCACUCAUUUCAACC